CUAAGCAGCAGAAUGAGCGGAAGAGGAAAGACCGGCAAGGCUCGAGCCAAGGCUAAGAGUCGUUCAUCCAGAGCCGGACUCCAGUUUCCCGUGGGCCGUGUCCACAGGCUCCUGCGGAAAGGCAACUAUGCCGAGCGUGUCGGCGCCGGCGCUCCAGUUUAUCUGGCCGCCGUGCUGGAGUACCUGACUGCUGAGAUCCUGGAGUUGGCCGGUAACGCCGCUCGUGACAACAAGAAGACUCGCAUCAUUCCCCGCCACUUACAGCUCGCUGUGCGCAACGACGAGGAACUGAACAAACUGCUCGGCGGAGUGACCAUCGCUCAGGGUGGUGUGCUGCCGAACAUUCAGGCGGUGCUUUUGCCCAAAAAGACCGAGAAGGCCGUCAAGACUAAAUAAACUCACCCAGUGCUGCAUUCGUCAGUCCCCAAAGGCUCUUUU